AUGACCUCCAACAUGAGUGUGUCUGGGAAACAGGACUUAAAGAAAGACGAGAGAAUGAUGGAGGGAAAGAGAUCAGACUCACCAGAACCCAGCUGUGUGUCCAUGAAGAGUGACUGGUCAUUGGGACAUCCACCUGACUUCAGAGACAGAGACAGUUCUACUGAUGUGAGACCACAAACGAAAUCAAACAUCGGCAGAAAUCAACUAGACUCUAUAUUCAAGGAGCUGGAACACACAGUCAUCACUUUGAUAAAGAAUGAGCUGAAGAGGUUUAGGAAGCUCCUGAGUCCAGAUUACCCAGCAUGCACUGAGAGGGAGGUGGAGGAUGAGGAGGAUCUGCACAGUGUCAGAGUGGGAGCGCUGAAGAUCACACUGCACGUCCUGAAGAACAUGAACCACACAGAUCUCGCUAACACACUGCACAACAAAUCUGUAGGUUCUGUGUAUCAGCCAAAGUUGAAGUCCAAGUUGAGAGAGAAGUUUAAAAGAAUUAAUGAAGGAAUCUCACAGCAUGGAAGCUCAGCACUUCUGAAUGAGAUCUACACAGACCUCUACAUCACAGAGGGUUGGAGUGGAGACAUCAAUAAUGAACAUGAGGUGAGACAGAUUGAGGCAGCGUCCAGGAGACCAGCAACACAGGAGAAACCCAUCAAAUGUAAUGAUCUCUUUAAAGACAAGUCCAUCAGAACUGUGUUGACUAAAGGAGUUGCUGGAAUUGGAAAAACUGUCUCUGUGCAGAAGUUCAUUCUGGACUGGGCUGAAGGAAAAGCAAAUCAGGACGUCACCUUCAUGUUCCCAUUUCCAUUUAGAGAGCUGAAUCUGAUGAAGCAGCAAAAUCUCAGUCUGAUGAAUCUUCUUCAUCACUUUUUCCCAGAAUUGAGAGAACUAGAAUCAAUAGACGGUGACUCCUACAAAGUGGUGUUGAUCUUUGAUGGUCUGGAUGAGUGUCGACUUCCUCUAAAUUUCCAGAAGAAUGAGAGAUUGUGUGAUGUGACAGAGUCAGCCUCAGUGGAUGUGCUGCUGACGAACCUCAUCAAGGGGAAUCUGCUUCCAUCUGCUCUCCUCUGGAUAACCUCUCGACCAGGAGCAGCCAAUCAGAUCCCUCCUGAGUGUGUAGACCAGUUAACAGAGGUACGAGGCUUCAGUGAUCCUCAGAAAGAGGAGUACUUCAGGAAGAGGUUCAGUGAUCAGAGCCUGGCCAAUAAAAUCAUCACACACCUGAAGUCUUCAAGAAGCCUCUACAUCAUGUGCCACAUCCCAGUCUUCUGCUGGAUCUCUGCCACUGUUCUAGAGAGAAUUUUGGGUGAAGCAGAGAGUAGAGAGAUCCCCAAGACUCUGACUCAAAUGUUCACACACUUCCUGAUCUUUCAGAUCAAACGCAAGGACCAAAAGUACCAUCAGAAAUGUGACCCUGAUCCUCAGCAGACCAGAGAGAGUAUCCUGGCACUGGGAAAACUGGCUUUCCAGCAGCUGGAGAAAGGAAAUCUGAUCUUCUAUGAAGAAGACCUAAGAGAGUGUGGCAUUGAUGUCAGAGAAGUGUCAGUGUACUCAGGAGUGUGUACCCAGAUCUUCAGAGAGGAGUUUGGGCUUCAGCUGGGGAAGGUGUUCAGCUUCGUACAUCUGAGUGUUCAGGAGUUUCUGGCUGCUUUAUAUGUAUUUUUUUGCUUUAUUUUUAGUAAGACAAAUGUGCUUGUGGGACAAAGCACAGGACGUUUUAAAAUCCACAGAAAUCCAAACAUGUCUGAUCUCCUCAGGACUGCAGUGGACAAGGCCUUACAGAGUGAGAAUGGACACCUGGACCUGUUCCUCCGCUUCCUUCUGGGUCUCUCACUGGAAUCCAAUCAGACUCUCUUACAAGACUUAAUGCCACAGACAGGAAGCAGAUCUCACAGCAAACAGGAAACAGAGUACAUCAAGGAGAAGAUCAGGCAGAAUCCAUCUCCAGAGAAAUCCAUCAAUCUGUUCCACUGUCUGAAUGAACUGAAUGAUCAUUCUCUAGUGCAGGAGGUACAAACUUACCUGAACAGAGAAGGUUACAGAUGUCUCAGAGGAGCCAGACUCUCCCCUGCUCAGUGGUCAGCUCUGGUGUUUGUGUUACUGAACUCAGAACAGGAGCUGGAUGAAAUUGAUUUGAGGAAAUAUGAUCCAUCAGAGGAAUGUCUUCUGAGGCUGCUGCCAGUUGUCAAAGCCUCCAGAAAAGCUAAUCUGUGUGAGUGUAAUCUGACAGAGGAAAGCUGUAGAGUUCUGUCCUCAGUUCUCAGCUCAAACUCCUCCAGUCUGAGAGAAUUGAACCUGAGUAACAAUAAACUUCAGGAUUCAGGAGUAAAGCUGCUCUCUGAUGGACUGAAGAAUCCACACUGUACACUGGAGAUACUGAGUCUGUGUGACUCUAAUAUGACAGAGGAAAGCUGUAGAGUUCUGUCCUCAGUUCUCAGCUCAAACUCCUCCAGUCUGAGAGAACUGAACCUGAAUAACAAUAAACUGCAGGAUUCAGGAUUGAAGCUGCUCUCUGAUGGACUGAAGAAUCCACACUGUACACUGGAGAUACUGAGUCUGUGUCUCUGUAAACUGACAGAGGAAAGCUGUAGAGUUCUGUCCUCAGUUCUCAGCUUAAACUACUCCAGUCUGAGAGAACUGAACCUGAGUGACAAUAAACUGCAGGAUUCAGGAGUGAAGCUGCUCUCUGAUGGACUGAAGAGUCCACACUGCUCACUGGAGAUUCUGAGGCUGGGUGAUUGUAAUCUGUCAGAGGAAAGCUGUAGAGUUCUGUCCUCAGUUCUUUGCUCAAACUCCUCCAGUCUGAGAGAACUGAACCUGAGUGACAAUAAACUGCAGGAUUCAGGAGUGAAGCUGCUCUCUGAUGGACUGAAGAAUCCACAUGGUUCACUGGAGAAACUGAGGCUGUGUUUUUGUAAUCUAACAGAGAAAAGCUGUAGAGUUCUGUCCUCAGUCCUCAGCUCAAACUCCUCCAGUCUGAGAGAACUGGACCUGAAUAACAAUAAACUGCAGGAUUCAGGAGUGAAGCAUCUAUCUGAUGGACUGAAGAAUCCACACUGUAUACUGGAGAUACUGAGAAUGUGUUUUUGUAACCUGACAAAGGAAAGCUGUAGAUUUAUGUCCUCGGUUCUCAGCUCAAACUCCUCCAGUCUGAGAGAACUAGACCUGAGUCACAAUAAACUGCAGGAUUCAGGAGUGAAGCUGCUCUCUGAUGGACUGAAGAAUCCACACUGUACACUGGAGAAACUGAGUCUGUGUGCGUGUAAGCUGACAGAGGAAAGCUGUAGAAUUCUGUCCUCAGUUCACAGCUCAAACUCCUCCAGUCUGAUAGAACUGAACCUGAGUUACAAUAAACUUGAGGAUUCAGGAGUGAAGCUGCUCUCUGAUGGACUGAAGAAUCCACACUGUACACUGGAGAUACUGAGGAUGCGUUACUGUGGUAUUACAGAUGAAGGUUGUGCUGCUUUGGCUUCAGUUCUGAGAUCAAACUCAUCACACCUGAGAGAACUGGAUCUGUAUGGUAACGAACCAGAAGAAUCGGGAGUGAAGCUGCUCUCUGAUCUACUGAAGGAUCCACACUGUAAACUGGAGACUCUACAGUGACUUAUAGACUUACUGUCUCUUUACUGUAUGAUAUUCAGUAAUAUUCACUGUGUGCUGUAAAAUGUCACAUCUAAUGUGUGUAUUUAUGCUUCUGUUGUUCAUAAGUAAUUUUUUAUUUAAUUGUUUAAAUUUGUUUUUAAUUCUGCCCAGUUGGGUUUAUCAGAAUUAAGGAUUAUAAUCUCACCAGGUCUGGUGUAUGACAGGAGUCUCUCCUCAGACCUUUUUUUUUUUUUUAGGAUAAAUCAGUUAUGGUGGUGAAAAGCGUUAGAACAUUUCCCACAUUUCCAGCAGGUUGGGAGCUGAAUUAUUCAUAUUCAGAUGUAGAAGAUCCAUAUCAAAAACUGUGAUUGAUUACAUCCUUUUAUCUACUCAGCUACAACUUCAACAUAUUUUACAAAAUCAAAGCCAAAUCCUUCAGCAUCUACACACAACACAGAUAUCAUCACAUCAUCACACUGAUUACACAUAUGCAUAUCCAUGUCUUGGAGCUGUUUAUGGCUUAUUUGUACCUACAGUACUUAUUUUUCUCUCACAUUGUCAGGAAUGGCUGGAACUAUUCCCUGAUUGGACACUAGGGGGACAUUUUGGCAGGCUUUGUUUAUCUGUGCCAUGUGCUUUUGUUUGUUGUUGUUUCUGGAUCCAUGUUUUGUGUUUCCGUGUUCCUAGUUUCCAGCCCUUUGUUAUUUAAUAUUAUUAAUAAUAGUGAUAUUUGUGUUAUCCCUACAUUUGGGUCUUUUAAUCUCUGAAAAGACACCAGCUUUUCUGACAUUUGUUUCUCCACAAAUGACUGUCUCAGUUGUGAUAUUGAUUUAUUUAUUUUCUUUUAAAGAGAAGUGUUACAGUGUCUUUUCAAACCUGUUAUUUGCUUGUUAUUCUGUGUUUAUGAUAACCAUGGUUACAGUUUUGAUGACUGUUAAUACAAUUUUGUGUAGAUGUAGUAUACAUGUCAUUUCCACUAUGUAUAGUACAAAAUAAACAGUGACUGAGAGAAACA